CAAACACUGAUCAUCCGCAGUGCUAUUGCUUCACAAAACUGUUCGAUAAUAAUAUUUAACGAUGUUCAAGUGUCUUUUAAUUAUUUUCAUUUUUUGGUGUGAAAUUCUAAGGUAUCAUGUAUUCGCUCAAAUUGAUACGGUUAUAGACUCACCGUCUUUAUUGCUACCUAUAAAUAAACAAAAUAUCAGUGCACUUGCAGAAGAGUUAAGCAAGAAGCCUGUGAUUACUAUGAAUGGUCAUAAUAAUUAUCACGUCGGCCAGCAAAUAUUUUAUAUAUAUCACUCCUCCAAGCAAUCAUCACCAAUAAAUAAGAAUGGCUAUCUUUUCACAUCUGGAAUAGGCGCACAUAAGCUUCACAAUCGCAAACUUAUCUGGAACAAGGCUCGUCAGGCUUGUAUCCAAGAAGGAGGUCAUUUGGCUGUUAUCAAUUCGGAUUCUGAAGAAAAGAUUCUUUUAAGUAUGCUACAAGAGAAAAAUAUAGAUGCUGGUUGGCUCGGUGUUCACGAUCUUUAUGAAGAAGGUGACUGGGUUACCGUCACGGAUGAGGCCUUAGAAAAUACAGGAUACUCCAAGUGGUCAACUAAAUGGCCAAACGAACCCGAUAACUUCGAUGGUAAUCAGAAUUGCGGUCUUCUAAUUAAAGAAGGUGGAAUGGACGAUGUGAAAUGUGCCAGUAUGCAUUCUUUCUUUUGUGAAAUAUCUGCGUGAAAUUGAUGGUCUGAACGUCAGAGAUUUAUUAUUAGCAUCGCAGAUAUAAAUUGCGCGCAUACGCAUUUGUAAUAAUAUGCAAUCUAAAUAAAUAAAACUUUAUUUUCAUGUUAUUCGUGCGAAUGUAAAAUGCGAUUUUUAAUAUCGCAGAUAUAAAAUCGUGGGCGUAUACAUUUAUAACGAUAUAAUAUUUAAAUAAAUAGGACUUUAUUUUAUUUUGCAAUAUGAGUAAGGAUUUUUAGAAAGAUGAAUAUUUUUAGAGAUUUGCUUUUGCAAUAUUAAAUAGCGAUAAAAAUGUGCACGUUUUGUUGGUAUAAGCUUUUUAUUUUCCUCUCGCUUAUGUCGAAUGUCGGCGAGGAAGGAUUAAAUUAAUCGGGAGAUGAUAUCACU